AUUUUAUGGAUGUUGAAGUAUAAAAUAACAUAUUUUUAGUGUAUGACAAUGUGCAUCUAGGCUCCUGCAGUUCAAAUUAAGUAUUGAUACUAAAUAAGAAAUAGAUGCGUCUAAAACGAUUAUUUUUUAAUAUUAGGUGAUUCUUUUUUUCACGAUUAUUUAAUAUUUGAACAAAAUGUACGUAAUAUCACGGAGUUUAUUUUGCAUCGUUUUAUGCUGUUGGAGGAUGAUUUUUGCGGUUAAAUUACUACCAGAUUUUGACCUCAAAAAAUCAGACUAUGAAUUUAAAAAAGUACCGAUGAGCAAUAUGCUGAAGGAACGAUUGGCACAAGUAGACAAAGACUGGACGAAAACACCCGAUGUGAAUGAUACAGUGUUUGGACACAUGCUACAAAAUCAUUUUCCGAUGGAUUACAUUUAUGAAGAUCAAGAAUGUGUAGCUAUUUAUGAAGAUCCUCCUCAAGCUCCAGUCCAUGUUCUUAUAAUUCCUCGCAAAGGACUUCGGUUCUUGCAAGAUGCAAACGAAAGCGAUAAAGCGUUGCUGGGACAUCUUUUGUUGACUGCAAAUAAAGUUGCAUUGGAUUUAGGAUUAAACGACGGUUAUCGGGUAGUCAUAAAUAAUGGAAAAGAUGCACACCAGCUUAUUAAACAUUUGCAAGUUCACGUUAUGGGAGGCCGACAAUUAGGCUGGCCAUGAGCUUGAGUAUUCUCAAAAUAAUAUCUAUUUAUAAACCUAGUCCGCCUGUUGUUAGAAAACAGUUAUUGUCAAUUUUUUAUUCUGCUGCCGUUAUUUUCAAUUUAUGACAUUUUUGAUUUCUAAAUUUUGUUUCAAAUAGUUAAAUUUACACUCAAGCAAACUAGGUAGGCUACAGAUUGAAUUAGGGCCUGGGUUCGACACAGAAUGGAAAUUCAAAUGAAAAGACCAGUGAUCAGUAUGUUUGAUGCUAGUAACUUGAAUAAUAAUUAAUAAGUAUAAUUCAUGGAGUGAGAUGUUUUGCAAAAUUCCUGAAGAUUUAUCAUUGCUCGUUUAAUUUUAUCAAACCUGUAUCUUCAUUUAUUAGAUAAAUUUUAUCAUAGGAAGAAAAAACAUUUGAUUGUAAUGAGUAUUGAGUAUUGCAAGAUGAUAUGCUAAAAUUAAAUAAAUUUCGAAUUAUC